CGCUGAUUGGGUGAGAUGGGAAAGCCGCUGCCGGGGGCGGUUUCGGUUUUCGGCGCGCGCGUCCGCGGAAGCCCGGCCUGUGAGCGUUCUGGAUCCGGCUGCAAGAUGAGCCUGGGGCCGUGACAGGUGAAAUGGUGAUGAGUUACGCAAGCUGCACAGAUAAUUAAGUAGCAGAGAUUAGAACUCAGGUUUCCUGCCUCCCAAGGUUGUUAAACAUGAGCCUGCGGAAGCAAACCCCUAGCGACUUCUUAAAGCAGAUCAUCGGACGGCCAGUUGUGGUGAAAUUAAAUUCUGGCGUGGAUUAUCGAGGGGUCCUGGCCUGCCUGGAUGGCUACAUGAAUAUAGCCCUGGAACAGACAGAGGAGUAUGUAAAUGGACAGCUGAAGAAUAAGUACGGAGAUGCGUUCAUCCGAGGAAACAAUGUGCUGUACAUAAGUACACAGAAGAGGCGGAUGUGAAGACACCAGGAGGCAGUGCUCUUCAGAGAUGGAUAGAUGAAGUGGUUUUGGUUCUCUUACCAUCUUAGUUGGCCUGUUUUCAUGGUGGCUGGUGGGGGUUUGUUUGUUUGUUUGUUUAAUUGACAUUGGAAUAAGAUAGAGGUAUUGCAUUACAGAUCGACUCUUAAGUUUUUCACAUUUAUGUCUCAGUCUUUAUCAUUUCUGCCUGUACAGAAUGCUAAAACUAAAACAGUUUGUUUCUCCAGGAUUAUUUUACCUAAGAUUCCUGCCCUGUCAUUCCAUUGGUUGAUUACGUAUUCAGCUGACUAAGUGGUACAUCCCGGAACCUGUGAUCAAGCAUUCUGGAGGCAUCCUUUGUCUCUUUCUCUACUCACCAUCCGUACCAUUUAAAGCAGGUAGAUAGAAAGUCAUAUGGUUUCAGCCUUGGGCUAUAAAGGGACAAGAGGUCAGAAAAUCAGCUGUUUAUUUAGUCACCUAGUUAGUGGUGGUAUCUCCACAAAGGAGUGCAACUGUAGAGUCAGGAAUUGGAAAGGUCAGCCACGUGAGGUGAGACACUGCCUGGAAGCCUCCUGUGCAGUUAGACUCUUCAUGUUAACUUGCUCCCUGUUGAGAGUGUUGGUGCAAUGGCUGGUUACGCCAGCCAGGGGAGGAGCUCUACUGUUCCUGAGAAACUGGCUGUGGCUGAGGUGGUGCAAGCCCAGAGUGCUUAGACUCAGUUUCCAGGCACUGAGCUUCGGCUGCGAAAGUUUCUCCUGCUUUUUGCUUUAGCAAGUGGCCUUGGGGAAAGGGUUGUAUUCUUGGCCUUCAGGUCACGUGACUCCCGCUGAGCGGGCUUGUGCUGUCUGUGGACUGUGUGUGGGUGCUUUGGUUGCAUGGACGCUAGGGCUUUCCUUACCCUCCUUCAAUCUAAACAGAUCCCUGUCUCGGGAGGUCGGACAGUUUUAGAGCAAUUGCCCGGCUGGAGGAAGUGGAGGCAGAUGGACAGCUAAGGAGGGAGGGUGUGCUUUCUGGAGAGGUGUAUAUAUGGCAUUUGUCUAAUUUAAAUAGUAAUCAGAAACAAUUAAUAACUCAGGAAAGAGAGGAGUAAGGUUUGAUGGUGUGCACACUGAAAAUAAAACACUUUAUCCUAAGCUUCAGUAAUUCAUCACUUCCUGACAGGGGCUUGCAAAGGCACCAGUGUGUAAGUACAAAUCACCAAUUUGCUCUUUUAUAAAUGGCUUCUUUAAAGGAGAAAAUGGAUGUCUCUCGGAGUGGAGCACACAUGUUCUCAUUUGUUUUUUAGAGUGUGUGAGGCCGCCAGGUUACUGCAUCCCUUCAUUCAUCCCCUCAGCUGCCCUGAAAGCAGCCCUGCUGUUAUCUCCAGCAGUCUGUAACAUCCCGGCUCUGCUCAUUUCUUCCCUGACCUCCCCUCCAGCCUGCAGGUCUUUAUUUCCCUCUUGCCAUUUCUAGCUUAAUAGCGCUACUGCAGAAUAUUGUUUUCAUCCAUGGAACCGCUUUUAAUCAAGAUGGACUUUGGGAAAUGCUACCAUUUUUAUGGUAAUAACCAUAUUAUGCAUCUGGACCAGCACAUGUUGUCCCCUGUGCAUACCUUCUUGUGAUAGAAUUCUGAAACAAAUUGUAAAUGGUAAAAUUACUUUUUUUUUAACUGUAGUCUCCUCGUGGUCUGUGAAUGGUUUUCAGUUGGAUGGUAGCAAAGACAAUUGUUGUAGGGUGAAAAUUUUUCACUUGAGUAAAUACAUUUUCCGUGUCCCUAUGCCCCCAACCACAGUUGCCACCAUCUUUCUCUUGGGCCGUGACAAAACAGAAUGUCUAGCAGGAAACAGAACUUGUGCUUGCUUUCCAGACUAUCUGCCUUCAUAUUUUGUUUUGGUCUGUGAGCUAUUCCUUGGCUAAUCUUGCAGACUGAAUCAAUUCUUACUUCAAAAGUGUUUAUCCCAAACAGAGCUGUAGACGAGUACAAAUACAGAUGGCGGCCAUGUGGUCUGAACCAUGUUCCCCCUCAGCCUGCAGACAGGGUUCACAUCUUGAGCAUCAUGUUUGAGGCCAUAUGUAAUGCAUGCGAGGAGUUCCUAAUGAUGUGACAGAUAGUAACAAAUGCUUAAGGGAUUUCCUCAAGGUUGGAAACAGCAGCAUCGACUUAAGUGUGAGCCGCAUCACCCUGGAGGCUACAGUCAGCUUCAUUAGAAACAAGCACUGUGGGAAAACUGUCUUUGAUAUUCACAGUGCCUCUUGGAUGACAGCAUUCCAGGCCAAGGAGCCAGUCUGUCCCUCAGUGCAGAUUAGCAUACAUGCCCGUCUUUACAGUGACUUUUGGUUUAAGAGAAAAUGGUGUAUUGGCUUGUUCCUCUUGUGGGAAGAUCUCAACCUUGGAGUUCUCAUAGCCAAUCUAUGCUUGUCACGUUUUAUUUGUUUUUCCUGCCCCAAAACAAAUUAUUGGUGAAAGAAGCCAACUGCAGUUUUUCCCUCACGACCUUCAAGCGGCUGUGCUCCACAGCAGCUACCUGUUCUAAUCAGCUGGCUUCUGAGAGUACACGGCUAGGUGUGCUCUGAUCUGAAUAAUGUCCAGCAGGGGGUUUUAUCCCAGGAGCUGCUGCCGUGUCUACUGUAGUUGGCCAAGCAGUUAUGAGUGUUUCCAUUGAUCAACCAUUUGUGAUUCCACAAAGUCUUGCCUAAAGGACAGGGUGGACAGUAUGCACCUCUUAUGUAAUAGGGCAAGAGACAGCCUCAAGUGAUGCUUGCUUAUUGUCUUAGUUGUUACUGCUGUGAACAGACACCACGACCAAGGCAACUCUUAUAAGGACCACAUUUAACUGGGGCCGGCUUACAGGUUCAGAGAUUCAGUUCAUUAUCAUCAAGGCAGGAACAUGGCAGCAUCCAGGCAGGCAUGGUGCAGGAGGAGCUGAGAGAUCUACAUCUUCAUCUGCAGGCCACUAGGAGAAGACUGGCUUCCAGGCAGCUAGGACAAGCUAAAGCCCACGCCUCAGCGACACAUGUCCAAAGAAGUGCCACUCUCUGGGCCAAAAUUCAAGCCACCACACUUACUUUCUUGAAAAGUUAGAGGAGCUAACUAGGGAGGGGAGUUGGAAGAAAUGAUGUUGAUGAUCAGCGCCCACUGAAUGGCAGCUGUGGACAGGAUCUAUGUGGUACCCUAAAUGAAUAAGUGAGAUACUACCCCCUGUGCACGAUAGGAAGUCACUUGCAAGUCUGGCUAUUUAUAGGAGAAAGUACCUGACACUGUCUUUUUAGAUGGGACAGGAUUUUAAAAUAGUUCAUAAAUGCAUUUGAUGUCUCAGCUAUGUUCAUACCUUAAAAUUUCAGAUAAACUUGGAACUGGAAAACCUUG